AUGUUGGGUUUGGGUGCGGAUCGGUUGCGAGCAGACAUGAACCGUUUGCUCGCGUUGCUCUUCCACCAGGGAGUUUUAGAUGAGCAGUUCUUGCAGCUGCAGCAGCUGGAAGAUGAGAGUUCUCCUAAUUUUGUUUCUGAGGUUGUUAAUAUCUACUUUCAUGAGUCCGAGAAAUUGUUAAGGAACUUCAGAUCAUUACUGAUGGAUAGAGAAUUCUCGGAUUACAAGAAAAUGGGAAUACAUUUAAAUCAGUUAAUAGGAAGCAGCUCAAGCAUCGGUGCCAAGCGGGUCAGAAACGUCUGCGUUGCCUUUCGUGCUGCUUCUGAGCAGAACAACCGUGCUGGGUGUCUUCGAGCUCUGGAGCUGCUAGAACAUGAAUAUUGCUACCUGAAAAACAAACUGCAUGAACUCUUCCAGAUAGAGCAGCAGAGAGUACUGGCAGCUGGUGUUAGAUAUCCAAUGCAGAACUAG